UGCUGGAGGCUGGACUGUGCUCCUUGCAAAGAUGGAUUACGCCAAGUCCCUGAGCCUGCGCCUGGCUGCCCCUGUCUCCAAAUGUGUCUCGGCAAGUGCCUCCAUGACCCAGCAGCUGCUGUCGAGCCCGGCCCCGCGGCCCCGACCCUACCGCGUCUGCAACUGGGACCGCAGCCUGCGCAAGGGCAUCAUGGCACAGAGCCUCGCCGAGCUGCUGCGCCAGGCUCAGAGUGCCCUGCUCGCCCCGGGUCCCGUCUCGCUGGUGCUGGAUGAGGACGGCACCGCGGUGGAGACGGAGGCUUUCUUCCGGACGCUGGAGGAGGGCACGGUGCUGAUGGCCCUGAGCAAGGGGCAGACCUGGGCUGCCUCCAAGACGCCCGGCUACCAGCUGAGCCUGUCUCGCAAGCCCCCUCGGAGGAUCGAUGUCGCCUGCGUCACCUUCGACCUCUACAAGACCAACCCGCGGGACCUGGGCUGCCUCAAUGUCAAAGCCACGCUCUACGGCACCUACAGCAUGUCCUACGACCUGCGCUGCUACGGGGCCAAGCGGCUGAUGAAGGAAGCCCUGCGCUGGACGCUCUUCACCAUGCAGGCCACCGGCCACGUCCUGCUCGGCACCUCCUGCUACAUGCAGCAGCUCCUGGAUGCCACGGAGGAGCCGAAGGAGCCAGAGAGUAACCCAGCGCUGCAGAGCCUCCUGCCCUGCAGCCUCCCACCCCUGCCCCGCAGGAAGACGCUGCAGUGAGGGUUGGGUGCCGUCCCCCCCCUCCUCUGUCACCCACCCUCAAUCCCUGGGGGUCCCAGCACCCCACUAGGUCAAUGCCUGGGGGGAGGCUGCCCGGCACAGCCUCUCCUUGCAUCCCGCUGGCUGAGUGUGGCCCGCUCUUCUCUGUAAUAUCUGCUACUCUGUAAAUAUAUUUAUUUAAGUAAAGCUCUGCUG